GGACAGCAUAUAGACAUUAGUAGCAUCGUUUAUGGUGGACUCUCGACAGGCAACGAAGACCGCACUUUGUAAUCGAUUUUGAACUUUUUUGAUUAUUCUCGCACUAAAAUAUUAAGAAUAACAAUAAAAAAUUAUCGAAAAAUCAGUCCUCUCGCGAUUUUCUGUUCAAAGUCAAAGGAAACCGAUUGUAAAAUACGACUUUGCAAAAAAAGAAAUCUUCACAUUUUUGGAGUAGCCACGUGUUCGGCCGUUUUCUUUCAUACGUUUUUUGCUGUUAGUGCGAUAAUUUCCGUGAAAUAAAAAAAACUGGACGUGUCUAGAGUUGUUAAUUUACUCGUGGCUCAAUUUGUACAAAGUUUUAACCUCAUAUUAUCAGUAUUUACCUGCUAAUUGAAUAUACAACGCAGUAUGUCUCGUGACCAGUAAGAGGAAGCCCGCGGAAAAGAGAGAUGUUAUUUCUUUGUGUUAGAAAAAGGUGAUGCUGAGAAAUCAUGACGGAUUUCGUAGACGGUUGGAUUCUCGGCCAUACCCUGGGGGAAGGCGCCUACGGAGAAUUUAUCAAAACAUCCGGACGCUCGAAGAACAGUUCGUAAGGAAACGACGAUUCACAGAAUGUUGUCAAAUCCUAACAUAAUCCAGUAUUUUGGGCAACGCAGUGAAAAAAAUAUGGAGUAUAUAUUUUUGGAGUAUGCUUCAGGUGGCGAAUUAUUUGACAAAAUAGAACCCGACAUUGGAAUGCCAAAAUGGGAAGCGCAAAAGUACUUUAGGCAAUUAAUCUCUGCAGUGGAAUAUUUACACAGUAGAGGUGUUGCCCAUCGAGACUUGAAGCCAGAAAAUUUACUUUUGGAUGAAAACGAUAAUUUGAAAGUCUCGGAUUUUGGUCUUGCGACUGUGUAUAGGUUACAAGGUAAAGAACGUUCUCUAGAUACGAGGUGUGGAACUUUACCUUAUGUGGCUCCGGAAGUACUCGAACGGCCAUAUCAAGCCGAACCUGCAGAUAUUUGGUCCUCCGGAAUUAUCCUUGUUGCUCUGCUGGCCGGAGAACUGCCUUGGGAUCAAGCCUCGGCAGAGUGUCCAGAAUACGAAGCGUGGAAAAAUGGAAAGUAUAUGUCGGUGACACCCUGGAAGAAACUGGAUAAAUUUUCACUUUCCUUGAUUAAACAUAUUCUCGUUCAUGAACCUUCUCGCAGGUUUAAGAUCAGCGAGAUUAAGAAGCACGCGUGGUUCCGCGACAAUUUCUCCGAAGAUGGAAAUCCCAUUGAGCGAGAUGUUGUCGACGGAUUGAGAGCAAAAAGAUUUCAUAAAGACGAGGAAGAAGUAUUAAUGAGAACAUGUUUGUCUCAGCCGGAAUUGCCAGGAAAAGAAACGAAUGGCUUGUCGACGUUUACAAUAGAAGAACGGCCUGGUUUUUCUUUCUCGCAGCCAGCUCACAUGGAGGAUCUUUUGCUUUCAACGCAACUCCAAACUUUGGCGUAUACACAAACCCAGACGCAAACUAGUCUGAGUACUUUCCAGAAAAUGGUUCGUCGAAUGACGAGAUUCUUUGUUAAGACUGAAUGCGACACGACUGUAAAGAGGCUAAUAAGUUGUCUGAAGAAAGAGAGUUACACGUAUCGUAUCAAUGAAUGUGGAAUAAUCACUAUUUCCUCUAUGGAUAGAAGGAAAAUGCCGUUAGUGUUCAAAAUAAAUAUCCACGAGAUGGAUGGAAAAAUCUUGGUGGACUUUCGUUUAUCGAAGGGCUGUGGUCUUGAAUUUAAGCGAAGAUUUUUGAAGAUCAAAGAAAAGGUUGACGAUAUUAUUGCGCGAGACAGUUCAAAUCACCGGCAGGUCUCAUAAUGCAAAAGCGAGUUGUUGGUUCUGUAGAUUUUUUAACUCCCUACGUUUGUAAGAUUUACUGCGUUUUUAUUAAAACAGUUUAUAUUUUUUAGAAAA